UGUUGCUUCCACUUCCGUUUCGCGGGUAAAAUUUUCAUAACAGUCAGUUGAUGGUUUCUAGUUACUGUAUUUAUACUGUACAAUUAUUGUUCGAAUUACGUAGAAUUCAGGAUUGUGUAGAAAUCAAAAUAUUAAUAUAAAUUGUUUUAAAAGUGGCUGAACAAGAAACAUGCAUGUACUAAAACGCGAUGGACGUAAAGAACCUGUGCAUUUCGAUGAAAUAACUGCAAGAAUCAAGACAUUAUGUUACGAUUUGGAUAUGAAUUAUGUGGAUCCAUCUAUAAUUGCGCUUCGUGUUAUAACUGAUUUGUAUUCUGGCGUAACAACAGUUGAAUUGGACAACUUGGCAUCUGAAAUUGCAGCAAGUAUGAUCAAUCAGCAUCCAGAUUAUGCGAUUUUAGCAGCUAGAAUUGCCAUAUCUAAUCUGCAUAAAGAGACAAAAAAGACUUUUAGUGAAGUGAUAGCUGAUUUAUACGAUGCAAAAAACUCCAUUACAAACAAACGUUUACCUAUAAUCAGUGAAAAAUAUUAUAAAAUUAUUCAAAGCAAUGCAGAUAAAUUAAAUUCUGCAAUAAUAUAUGACAGAGAUUUUAAUUAUAGUUAUACUACAUAUAAAAUGUUGGAAACUAAUCACUUAUUAAAGUUGAAUGGAAAGGUUGUUGAAAGACCACAACAUAUGCUGAUGCGAGUUGCUAUAGCUAUUCAUGAUGAUGAUAUUGAUAAAGCUAUUGAAACAUACAAUUUUCUUUCAAAACAAUAUUUUAUAUAUCCUGCACAGACAUUAGAUACUGCAUGUACUGUUACACAACAAAUGGCUAGCUCAUUUCUACUGACAAUGUCUGGAGAUAGCAUAGAUGGAAUAUUGGAUACAUUGGAAAGGUCUGCUGUUCUUUGUCAUUAUAAUGGUGAUAUAGGAUUCAAUGUACAUUGUAUUCGGGCAAAAAAUACACCUAUAAGAGGCACAGGAGGUGUAUCAAAUGGAUUGGUACCUAUGUUGAAAGCAUACAAUACAUCUAUUGCAACUGUUUCUAGAAAAAAUACAGAACAAGUUACUGUAUAUUUAGAACCAUGGCAUGCUGAUAUCUUUGAGUUUUUGGAUCUUAAAAAGAAUAUUGGCGAGGAAAAAUUGAGGGCUAAAGAUAUGUUUUAUGCAUUGUGGACUCCAGAUUUAUUCAUGCAACGUAUUUUUAAUGAUGAUGUUUGGAGUCUGAUGUGUCCACAUGAAUGUCCUGAUUUAAUUGAAGCAUACGGUGAAGAAUUUGAACUUUUGUAUACAAGAUAUGAAAAGGAAGGACGUUUUCGAAAACAGAUUAAAGCCAGAGAUUUGUGGCUUCUUAUCAUUCAAACACAAUUUGAAACAGGCACACCAUAUAUAGUUUAUAAAGAUCAUUGUAAUAGAAAAACAAAUCAUCAAAAUUUGGGCACAAUUAAAUGCAGUGGUUUCUCCACUGAGAUCAUUCAGUAUUCAAGUUCCGACGAAAUAGCUAUGUGUAAUACAGCUUCAAUUGCUGUCAAUAUGUUUGUAGAUCCUAUUAAGAAAACUUUUGACUUUAAUAAGCUUAAAGAAAUUGUGAAAAUUGUCACUUACAAUUUGGAUAAAAUGAUUGAUGCUAAUUUUUAUCCUCUUCCGGAAAUAAAAUUGUCUUGUGAGAAACAUAGAUCUAUUGGUAUUGGUGUACAAGGAUUAGCAGAUGCAUUUAUCUUAAUGAGAUAUCCAUUUGAAAGCCAAGAAGCUCGCAAACUCAAUAUUCAAAUUUUUGAGACUCUCUAUUAUGGUGCUUUAGAAGCUAGUUGUGAAAUAGCUAUCAAGAAAGGUUCAUAUGUAUCAUAUAAAGGUAGUCCAAUUAGUAAAGGUAUGUUACAGUACGAUAUGUGGAAUGCCAAACCAACAGAUUUAUGGGACUGGAAUACAUUAAAGAAAAAGAUCGAAGAACAUGGUGUGCGCAAUUCUUUAUUAAUAGCGCAAAUGUCAGAUGCAUUUAUGGCACAAAUGUUAGAAAAUAAUGUAUCAGUUGAGCCAUAUACAAGCAACAUUUAUGUGAUACAUGCAUUAUCUAAACAAUUCCGAAUUGUUAAGCCACGUUUGUUGCGAGAUCUAAUUGAAAAAAAACUUUGGGAUGAAAACAUAUGUAAUAAAAUCAUUAAUAAUGACGGAUCUAUACAAAAUAUUGAGGAUAUACCAAACGAAUUAAAACUUCUUUAUAAAACGGCUUGGGAAAUGCCACAAAAAACUAUUUUUGAUAUGGCCGCCUGUCGUGGACCUUUCAUCGAUCAAUCACAAUGUUUAAAUGUCCAUAUGAUUGAUCCAUUAGAAAAGCUUACAUCUAUGCAUUUUUAUGCUUGGGAAAAUGGUUUGAAAUCCAGUAUUUGUCAUGUUAUAAUCAGUGGAUCUGAAACAGAAUAAAAUGACAAAAAUGAUAAGACUAAAUCAUUUUUGGAUAAGAAGAAAAUAUACUAAAA